AUGGCUGCUCGGUCCUCAACAACAAAACUUGGCUCACAAGGUCCAGAUCAGUCCUGGCUGCCAGAGAUGGAGGGAAUCUCAAAGCCCUUGUGUGGAGAGAGACCAGGCAUGUUUGAAAACUACUAUGAACCCUCCACAGUCCACGUUGACAAAUCAACUCGGCUUGAGCCGCGAACCAAUAUCCCCAGAGUCAUACUCAAGGACACUAUGAGGAAAAUUCUGGCGCUGGAAUGGGAGCGCCACCCACAAGUCGCUGAAGGCGUCGUGUGA